AUGGUGGCUAGACAACGAAAGAAUCGAGCUACUGCAAGCAGCACGCAUGGCAAAGAGCAAGAAAAAGUACUUGAGACAACCUAUCCGUCUACCAGGAAGAGAGUUGCGAUGGCAGUCGAAGACACUGAAGAGCCGGGCCCUGAACCAACAGCUCAACAUGUUGCUUGUUUGGAGUUGAAAGUGCAAGAGCUGGGAGAUGAAAACAAGCGACUGAAGGAGCAAGUAAAGAAACUAGAGAUGCAACAACAUGACGAUGAGAUCAGCGAGGUGAAGACCAAGAUGAAACCCAAGAGAAAGUGGACCGCCAAGGUCCAAUCAAAAGACAAGCCCGUGUCAGUGGGUGUUGUAAUGCAUCGUAACUCACGCGGUAGGCGUCGUCAAGACGUAGUAUAG